AUGUGUUGUUGCUGCCUCGGUUACUCCCAAAGUAGCAGGAACCUUGUCUGGUUGGCACUCUUCCUGAUAGGGUACCUGGUAUUCGGGGCCCUGGUGUGGUCAUACCUUGAGACUCCACUGGAAAAAAAGUUUAAAGAAACACUGGACAUAUCUCUAACCGAAUUCAAAUGGAAUCAUUCUUGUAUAAAAGAGGAAGAAUUAGAAAGUUUCAUCAAUAUUAUUGUGAGAGCAGCCAACCGAGGCGUGUCAGCUUCAAAGAAUGUCACAAUAUCUGAGCCCAACUGGAGUUUUGGCCAAUCACUCUUUUUUGCAACUACAGUUCUUACCACAAUUGGUUAUGGCCGUGUGACACCUUUAUCUGAUGCAGGCAAGGGUUUCUGCAUCAUCUAUGCCCUGAUUGGCAUUCCGUUAACUCUUAUAAUGUUCACUGCAAUGGUUGAGCGUUUUAUGCUUCCUGUUACAUAUGUGCUGCAGUUCAUGCUACGUAAGCUAGGCCAUCUGUACCGUGUCUUCCACAUUCGGUUGCUGCAUUUGUUGCUGAUUGCUGUCCUCUUACUUGUUUUCUUCUUCCUCAUCCCAUCAGCUAUUUUCUCCGUGUUGGAACCUACCUGGAACUUCCUAGAUGGCUUCUAUUAUUGUUUCAUCUCUCUGACCACCAUCGGGCUGGGCGACUACAUUCCUGGGGAUAACCCUGACCAAAAGUACAGGGCUGUCUAUAAAGUGGCCACAACAGGUUACUUGGUACUUGGUGUCAUCAUGAUGAUGCUCACAUUGACAGUGAUGUAUGAGAUCCCGGAACUGAACCUUGGAUUUCACUUCUACUUAAAGAGCGAUCAUAACCAAGAGGAGGAGCGGGCCAUCCUCCGCCCGGCAGAUACACCCCACGGCCCCAAGUACACCCAGCAAGUCGAUGAUGAUCAGUUGAGCCAGGUGCGGUCUGAUUUCUCUGGCACGGGGACAGUUGAUCAAUCUAACCUGCAUUGA